AUGGACGCAACGAAGCCGUGGUUUGAAUUCGGACGGGCUAUCCUCGACAACGCGCUCCAAGAUGCGUGCAAUCGCAUAGACUUGCUGCUCGCCGCCGAGCAGCGCGGUGACAGCAUAGCGAAUGAUGAGCUUCACAGUACCAAAGCGAAAGCAGACUCUGUGGAAGCGCCGAUUCGAGGUCCUGGCCACGGAAUCCCAAGCUUCGACGAGCCUCCCGUAUCAACAGCUCCUUCUCUCGUGACACCGGCGUCACUCAUGCCGCUAUCGGGAGUGGAUGAGAACACUGUCGCGGCGUUACAACCCGACAAUGCACAGCUUCGCAGAAGAUUCAAUGCCCUUUCGCAAAACUUCAAAAAGGCCCGGGAUGCUCUUCAGAAAAGGAAAGACGAGCGGGACAAGUGGAUGGAACAUGCCACGUACCUCGAGGGACUGAUUGACGCAGCGGAGAAGGAACAUGGCAUCCAGAUCCUGCAAAGAGCAGAUCAGUUGCCUGGACCCUCGGCAGAAUCAAGGACUGACCCUGGCGAGCCGCGCUCAGAAGCCGGUGCGUCGCCCAAGUCCGGCGACGGGACUACACGUGUCGACAGCGAACACCCUCCGGCCCUAGCGGAUGUCAACAGCGAACUUCCUCCUGUUCCAGCGGAUUUCGCUGACGCCGCAGAGCGUGUGCCCGGUCCUCUACCGUCGGACUCAACACAGGGAGAGGAGGAGGAGUCUGCGGCGAACCUGCCCACUCUUCCGCACCAAGGCGUUGUCGACGAGGUCUCAAUUAAGGAAGAAACUUCGUCUGACGUUCCUGUGGUUGUUUCUGAACGUAUGAUUCGAAAAAGAAAACACGAGGAUGCUGCCGGACCGUCAAUCAAAGCAGAAGCUCAGGAGGACUCCAGUCCCAUACCGUCCGGUGGGCGUUACGGCGUGCAGACGCAGGAGAGCCUUGACUUGGACGACAUCGAGAAUCGCAUCGAGACACCAAGGAAGCGCAAGGACCAGGAACACUCAGCAGCAAGCAGCGCAAAUACAGCUCCGCGACCGCGGAUAUCGUUUGCUACACCUACGGCCGUCCCGAACAGGCAACCCCUUUUGCCAAAAACAGCGUUUGCCAGGUCGUCGGCACUCACACCUCUCAGUGUCAAUGUGCGUUUGGCAAGGUCAGUGGAGUACAAGCCCAGAGAUACGCCAAGGCAGAAGCGUCACCUCGGCCAUGGCAUUGGGUCCCUUGCAGAAGAUGGUGGCGUCUAUGGGACGACCCCUUCUGCUCGGAGAGAUGAGCCCACGGAUCAGGGAGCCGCUGGGCGACUAAGCACUCUUCUCAACAGCCCGUCAGCCGCGGAAGAUGCGAUCAUUUCCCGCUCUGCUAAAAAGCGUCGGGGGCUCCUAUCCUCGGAUGAACGACUGCCUAUACCGCAGCGACGAGAGCUCCCUUUCGACAAGGUUGUUGAGAACACGUCUCGCUCGCCACUAGCCAAAGGCGAAGACGCACCCCGGCUCCCUUCAAGUUCUCACAAGCGCGUGGCGCGAGACAGGUCUCCUCAACGGAAGAAGCAGUCUAUAUUGGCAUCUUCUCUACGAGGCAAACCCCCGUCCGAGCUCCGGCUUGACGAUUUCAAGAUCAAUCCACUCGCCAACGACGGUCACGACUUUGCCUACACCGAAGUUGUCCGGGACAGAGAUGACCGCGCGUGCCUGCCCGGCUGCACCGACAUGCACUGCUGCGGAAAGCAGUUCCGCGCUCUGGCCCUCUCCCAGCGGCCCGAUCCGCCUCUCACGCCCGCACAGCGCGUCGAGGAGCAGAAGCUCCUGGAGGAGUACCUCGGCGACUACGCAUAUCGCCUUGCCACCAUGAACAGGGAGGAGCGCGAUGAGCUCUGGGUGGAGGCCAAGACGCAGGAGUUGGCCAACAAGUACGGGAAACAUAGGCAUCGCUUCUCGCGCAUGCAGUCCCCGCCAGGUUUUUGGAACGCAGACUUUCCCAGCACGCAGGAGCUAGAGGCAGACAAGGCCGAGGCGGCCAAGAGGGAGAAGCAAGCAAUUAUGGAGCGUUAUCGCGAGGCAAUGCGGCCCGGCGGGCGGUGGAUGUUCAAAGACGAGUAA